AAUAAUCACUUCGAGUUGCGAGCUACCUAAGGCCCCCACAGCGUGCCAGCGCACGCUGUAUCGAAGCAAGUCGUCAAACUAGUGUUCUCUUGCUCGAGCAUUUUUUUUUUAUUUCACACGUGUUAUUUGUUGCGGUAGCUGGUGGCAAGCGGCUUCUGGUUUCCGAUCGCGCGCUCCGCGCAUUUUUCCUGGAGCGCAGUGCACGACUGCAGUUCGUCGCUUCCAGGCAACGUCGGGAACCGUCUUUUACCUGCUUAAACGAGAGAGCAGCUGAGCCUCGGUGCUUUUUUCCCGGACGCAACGACAGGUGCUGAGGCGCAGAACCUCAGAGUGUCAACCUUCGCAUCGUCAUGCUGGAAGUGGCAGAAAUCUCAAGACAAACGUCGCCAUUGAGAAACGGAGAUGGGUACAUCAAUAGUGCAUUCAUCAUCGAUCCAUCAGAUGCUGGCAAGAAAGGCAGUGCAGGCGACAACCAACAGAAACACGCCUCGGUGCCGACUAGCAGCCUGCUGUCCGUUAUUCGCCAAAGCCGAUGGAUGCUGCCGUUGAUCUACACUCACAUCUGGAUGUCCGCAGCCUUUUCAAUCAUGCAGCCGUUUUUCCCGCCUUUGGCUGCUGCCGCUGGUCUGGAAGCUUGGAAAUACGGAUUUUUCUUUUCUGCCACUAAGGUCGCGAUGUUGCUGGGAUCUGUGCUAAAUCAACGGCUUAUGGCUAUUACAUCACCACGGAAGUGCUAUUUGUCAGGACAGAUUGGUUUUCUGCUAUUUACGGUUCUUCUCGGGCUAAUGUACUGGUCACCCGGCGGCAACGUUUUCCUUGGCCUCUGUCUAGUACUCGCCAUCGUUGGUGGCUUUUUUUCGACCGUGUACCUCGUUUCGGCGUAUGCUGUUGUCACUGCGGAGUUUCCGGUACACACGGGACUCAUAAUUUCUACAAUGGAAUUCAUGUGGGGCACAGGAUGUAUGAUCGGGUCUGGCAUCGGCGGGGUGCUAAUCGACGCCUGGGCUUAUCCUCUGCCCUUCUUCGUACUUGCAGCACUAGUGAGCUUUUCGCUCCCAUGGACGGCACGCUCGCAAAAGAUACCCGACAAACCUCUAAAAGAGGUUCAACAGCAUUCAAGCUCAGAUUCUCGAAAAAACCAGGAGAAUUUGUUCAAGCUACUCAUCGACCCUGUGUUCAUAAUUGACAUGGUUACGGUGACGUUAAGUUGGAUCAUCAUGGGAUUUAAUGAACCUACAUUAGAGCCACACCUGAGACAGUUCGGCCUAGGCACAACUGAGCUUGGUGUCGUAUUUAUGGUUCAGUUUGCAAGCUAUACUAUCGCAGCAUUUGUCCUUGGUAUCUUGUGUCAAUUAAAGAUGGAUGCGUUCUGUGCCUUUGUGGGCCAAUUAGUGACAGUGUUCGCUUAUCUUAUACUGGGGCCAGCGCCUUUCAUCCCAACAGAAGCGGCUAUGUGGAUGGUAUACCUCUCUCAAGUGUUCACGGGGGCAGGCAUGGCCGGGCAAUUUAUUUGCGGUUAUUGCCAUUCGUUGAAGCAUGCUGUGGCAAGAGGAUACUCUGACGAUAUAAAGACAACAUCGUUCAUCUCCACCAUAGCAAUUACAAGUCUGGUGUUUGGGGCAACAGUGGCACCUCCAAUUGCCGGAUACCUUGUUGAAAGAUUCGGCUAUGAAACCGGGUCAAUGUUUUUGUUCGGACUUCUAGUGAUAUGGACACCAGUUACGUUCAUCCAGUGGUUGGCGUCAUCGUGCAGCAACAAACGAAAGAACCAAUCAAAGAUAACGACUGAUUCGCAGAUAUCUGCAUGCUGACGCAGCACAUGUAAUUUAUGUUCGCCUCAAAACUGUGGUUUACUGCAUAAAAUAAUCGAAAACAUGUGUGAGCGCUCAAGCUAGAAUAAGUUGUUCGAAAUAAUUACUAAGCGCAUGUUACCCUUUCUACCGGCAGGGCAUAUGGAUGCAUCGUGUCGACGGAAGUAUCGCAACUGACUGCUCACAUGCUACAAGAGGCACCACGCAGCAGAGGCGUUCUAGCGCUCGCUAGCGUGGUUCGCAAACAGCUUUUAUUGCCUAAGGCGCCCAAUUGAUUGCCCAAGGCGCCAUCUACCAUUUGCGGUGUGCAUUCGUGUGAGAAACAUGCCUGCAAGUCCUGUUUGGCAUGAGAGUAAAUGCGCAAUACUAUGGCGGAAGUGUCUACCUCCAAGUUAUUCAACAACUACGUAGGUAAUUAAAUGGAAAAAUGAGGCAUCCCCCCAAUCGUAGCAAUUGCUACAUGAGAAACCCAUACGGGUUCCUCGAAAGAAAAACCUCACAGUUGAAGAAAAAUUC